AUGCUUUCUCUGGUACACAAAGCGGCCUCCCCAGGGCUGGGCCUCUCUCGCCCCUCCCCCUCAGGCCUGGAACGCACCCCCGCCAGCACCAGAGCGGGCCCUCGGCAGAAGACUCCGCCUCUGUCCGAAAGGUUCCGGAAGGCAGGUCCCUCCUCUUUCCGGAAGAUCUCCAAAAGGGAACCCCUCCCACCGCCGAGUUUUCCUGAGAAUGAGGUCCCGCCCACUGACCGGCUGUAAGUGGUUAAGGCAAAAGUACCUAAAGCCAUCGUUAAAAAGGAUGGAACAAAAGUGGGACUUUUAAAAUGAUGCCCUGUAAGAAGAGAAGAACAGAAUCUCCACAACAUAAGGGCAACCCAGAGGAAGACAACUUAGACAUAGAGUCAGCUGUUAAGCCAGAAUCUGACCAGACUAAAGACUUGGGUUCUGUGCCAAUGUCCUGGGGUCCAAAUCAUGGCAGAGCAGUUGACCUUGAAGUUCAAUCUGUGCAGGAUGCAGGAAAUCAGCUUGGUGUGGAGGAUUCCUCUCUAAGCUCUAGGACGCUCACCCACGAUACAAAUUUGCCAAUUUUGGAAGCUGUUGAUGUGGCUGUCUCUCAGGAAAUCACACUACCUUCCUUGGUGUCUUCCCACCCCCUUAAUAUAUCCAUUGGUAAAGGAAAACUCCAGGCCAGUGCCUCAAAGAGAGGAAAGAAAAUUGUCCUUAGGCCUGGGCCAGUUACCCAAGAAGAUAGAAGUUAUCAUUCUAUCAUAAAGGAGCCUUUUACAGGAGAGCCUAGUGAAGUCAAGGAAGAAGGAGGAAAACCUCAGAUGCAUUCUGAAGGGGAGAUUCCUUUACUGCCCUCAGGCAGCCAAUCUGCAAAACCAGGAGUCCAGCCUAGGAAACCAUCCCAGCCAGAUGUUUGUGCCUCUCCUCAAGAAAAGCCACUCAGGACUCUGGCUUACCAAGCUGAGGAAGAGAUAGAGGAUGGUGGACUCUUUAUUCCAAUGGAAGAGCAAGACAAUGAAGAAAAUGAGAAAAGGAGAAAAAAGAAAAAGGGUACCAAGAGGAAACGAGAUGGAAAGGGUCAAGAACAAGGGACCUUGGCCUGUGACCUGAAAUUGGAUGACAUGCUUGAUCGUACCUUAGAGGAUGGUGCCAAGCAGCACAACCUGACAGCAGUCAAUGUGCGAAACAUUCUUCAUGAAGUAAUCACAAAUGAACAUGUGGUAGCUAUGAUGAAAGCAGCCAUCAGUGAGACAGAAGACAUGCCAAUGUUUGAGCCUAAAAUGACUCGCUCUAAACUGAAGGAAGUGGUGGAGAAAGGAGUGGUAAUUCCAACAUGGAAUAUUUCACCAAUUAAAAAAGCCAAUGAAAUUAAGCCUCCACAGUUUGUGGAUAUCCACCUCGAAGAUGAUGAUUCCUCAGAUGAAGAGUACCAGCCAGAUGAAGAAGAAGAAGAUGAGACUGCUGAAGAGAGCUUAUUGGAAAGUGAUGUUGAAAGCACUGCUUCGUCUCCACGUGGGGCAAAGAAAUGCAGAUUGAGGCAAUCUUCUGAGAUGACUGAAACUGAUGAGGAGAGUGGCAUAUUAUCAGAGGCUGAGAAAGUCACCACGCCAGCUGUCAGGCACAUCAGUGCUGAGGUAGUGCCCAUGGGGCCCCCACCCCCUCCUAAACCAAAACAGACCAGGGAUAGUACUUUCAUGGAGAAGUUACAUGCUGUAGAUGAGGAGUUGGCUUCCAGUCCUGUCUGCAUGGAUUCUUUCCAGCCCAUGGAUGAUAGUCUCAUUGCAUUCCGAACCCGUUCUAAGAUGCCCCUGAAAGAUGUUCCCCUGGGGCAACUAGAGGCAGAGCUUCAAGCUCCAGAUAUUACCCCAGAUAUGUAUGACCCCAAUACAGCCGAUGAUGAGGACUGGAAGAUGUGGUUGGGGGGACUCAUGAAUGAUGAUGUGGGGAAUGAAGACGAAGCAGAUGAUGAUGAUGAUCCAGAAUAUAAUUUUCUAGAAGAUCUUGAUGAACCAGAUACAGAGGAUUUCCGUACUGACCGGGCAGUGAGAAUCACCAAAAAGGAAGUGAAUGAACUGAUGGAAGAACUGUUUGAAACUUUUCAAGAUGAGAUGGGAUUCUCCAACAUGGAAGAUGAUGGCCCAGAGGAGGAAGAACGAGUGGCUGAGUCUCGUCCUAACUUCAAUACCCCUCAAGCCCUACGUUUUGAGGAACCACUGGCCAACUUGUUAAAUGAACAACAUCGGACAGUGAAGGAGCUACUUGAACAACUGAAGAUGAAGAAAUCGUCAGCCAAACAGCAACAGGAGGUGGAGAGGCUUAAGCCUCAGAGUGAGAAAGUUCAUCAGACUCUGGUUCUGGACUCAGUACAGAGGAAGAGACUCCAACAGCAGAUGCAGCAGCAUGUUCAGCUUUUGACCCAAAUCCACCUUCUCGCUAUCUCCAAUCCCAACCUCAGUUUGGAGGCCAGUACCACCAGGAUAUUUCUUAAAGAACUGGGAACCUUUGCUCAAAGCUCCAUUGCCCUUCACCAUCAGUUCAACCCCAAGUUUCAGACCUUGUUUCAACCCUGUAACUUGAUGGGAGCUAUGCAGCUCAUUGAAGACUUCAAUACACACGUCAGCAUUGACUGGAGCCCUCGUAAAACUGUCAAGAAGACUGCCUGUGAAUUGCCAUGUCUGCCCAAGCAAGUGGCCUGGGUCCUGGCCACAAGCAAGGUUUUCAUGUAUCCAGAGCUACUUCCAGUAUGUUCCUUGAAGGCAAAGAAUCCUCAGGAUAAGAUCAUCUUCACUAAGGCUGAGGACAAUUUGUUAGCUUUAGGAUUGAAGCAUUUUGAAGGGACUGAGUCUCCUAAGCCUCUAAUCAGCAAGUACCUAAUAACCUGCAAGACGGCCCACCAGCUGACAGUGAGAAUCAAGAAUCUCAACUUGAACAAAGCUCCCGACAACAUCAUUAAAUUUUAUAAGAAGACCAAACAGCUGCCAGUACUAGUAAAGUGUUGUGAGGAGAUCCAGCCACAUCAAUGGAAGCCACCUGUAGAGAGGGAGGAACACCGGCUCCCAUUCUGGUUAAAGGCCAGUCUUCCAUCCAUCCAGGAUGAACUGCGGCACAUGGCUGAUGGUUCUAGAGAGGUAGGAAAUGUGACUGGAACCACUGAGAUCAAAGCAGAACAAGGCCUUGAAAAAGCCAGAUCGGAGUUGGGAAGUGAAACUCGGUACCCACUGCUGUUGCCCAAGGGUGUAGUACUGAAACUGAAGCCAGUUGCUGACCGUCUCUCCAGGAAGGCUUGGAGACAGAAGCGGUCAUCAGUCCUGAAGCCCCUCCUGAUCCGACCCAGCCCCUCUCUCCAGCCUAGUUUCAACCCUGGGAAAACACCAGCCAGGUCAACUCAAUGCGAAGCUCCUCCAAGCAAAAUGGUGGUCCGCAUUCCUCACCUUAUCCAGCCAGCCACUGUCUUACAGCCAGUUUCAGGUGUCCCUGCACUGGGCGUCAGUGGGGAUGAUAAUUUUGAGUCUCCUGUAGCACUGCCUGCUGUUCCCCCUAAAGCUAGGACCAGCUUCCCUCUGUCUGAGCCCCAGACCCUGCUCUCCUCUGCCCCUGUGCCCAAGGUAAUGUUGCCUGCACUUGCCCCUUCUAAGUUUCGAAAGCCAUGUGUGAGACGAAAACCCUCAAGAAGAAAGGGAACCAAGGCCUCUCCCUGUCUGAAAACUGCCCACCUCAUCCACCCUGCACCGGUUAUCUUUACUGUUCCCGCCACCACUGUGAAGGUUGUGAGCCUUGGCAGUGGCUGUAAUGUAAUCCAGCCUGUCAAUGCAGCUGUGGCCCCAAGUCCCCAGACCAUUCCUAUCACCACCCUCCUGGUUAACCCUACUUCCUUUUCUUGUCCAUUGAACCAGCCCCUUGUGGCCUCCUCCAUCUCACCCUUAAUUGUUUCUGGAAAUUCUGUGAAUCUUCCUGUACCGUCCACCUCUGAAGAUAAGGCCCAAAUGAAUGCGGACAUUACUUGUCCUUUGACUGAAAGGAAAAAUGCCUUUCAAACCCUGGAACCCAAAUUAGAACCCCAGGAACUAGCUCCUUUGUGCACUGCUGUCUUCCCCAAGGAGGAGCCCAGCCCAGGGUCAGUGCUGGCAGAUGGAGAAAGCCAGGAGGGACCCUUGGAGAACAGUGCCUAUCACUGGACUCUUGUGAAAACAGAGGAGGGGAGACAGGCUCUGGAGCCACUGCCUCAAGGCUUCCAGGAAUCUCUAAACUCUCCCUGUGGGGAUUUAAAGACAAUCAUCAAGAUGGAACCUGAAGACCCUGGAGAGGAGAUUUCCAUUGCGUCCACUGAGCAGGAUGUUUAUAAUGAAAUCAAAGAAGAACAGUCUUUAGAAUUGGACACUGGCUCCCUAAGGGAAGAGUUGAAUGAUGCUAGAGAGUUGAAGAAACAGGCAGUCCAGCAGCAGGAGGAAGAGAGGAGCCAGCCAGCUAAACCCCCUACCAAUUGGCAAGAGCCUACUGUCCAGGGAAACACUGGGGAAGAUAUGAACAAAGGAUCUCCAAAGAAUGUGCUCUCCUCCAUGGACCCUGACAUGGUACUAAGCAGUCCCCUAGGGAAGCCCGAAGACUCAUCCAGUGUUGAUGGCCAAUCAGUGGGGACCCCAGCUGGGCCAGAAACUGGGGCAGAGAAGGAUGGGCCAGAGGAAGAGGAAGAAGAGGACUUUGAUGACCUUACCCAAGAUGAGGAAGAUGAGAUGUCAUCAGCUUCUGAGGAAUCUGUGCUUUCUGUCCCUGAACUUCAAGAAACAAUGGAGAAGCUGACUUGGCUGGCAUCUGAAAGGCGCAUGAGUCAGGAGGGUGAUUCUGAGGAAGAGAACUCCCAGGAGGAGAAUUCCGAGCAGGAAGAGGAGGAGGAAGAAGAAGCUGAAGGAAUGGAAAACCUGCAGAAAGAGGAUGAGAUGACUGAUGAAGCAGUUGGAGAUGCUGCUGAGAAACCUCCUUCCACCUUGGCCUCCCCCAGGACUGCUCCAGAAGUGGAGACCAGCAGAAACCCACCAGGAGAGAGCAUCAAAGCUACUGGAAAGGGCCGAAGCAAUCAUCGAGCUCGCAACAAGCGGGGAAGUCGGGCUCGGGCCAGCAAGGACACCUCCAAGCUGCUGUUACUCUACGAUGAGGACAUUCUCGAACGGGAUCCACUGAGGGAGCAGAAGGACUUGGCCUUUGCCCAGGCUUAUCUGACCAGGCUUGCCUGGAAUUACCAAAAGAGCUCUUGUGAGAGAGCCACAAGAAGACACAGAGUUCAGUCAUGUGUACGAGAAGCCCUACAGCAUAUCCCAGGCAAGUAUGAAGACUUCCUUCAAGUCAUCUAUGAAUUUGAGUCAAGCACCCAGAGGCAGACUGCUGUGGAUCUCUAUAAAAGCUUGCAAAUUCUGCUCCAAGACUGGCCUCAACUGUUGAAAGACUUUGCUGCUUUCCUGUUACCCGAGCAAGCUUUGGCCUGUGGAUUAUUUGAGGAGCAGCAGGCUUUUGAGAAGAGUCGCAAGUUCCUUCGGCAGCUGGAGAUUUGCUUUGCAGAGAACCCUUCCCACCACCAGAAGAUCAUCAAGGUCCUCCAGGGCUGUGCAGACUGCCUUCCUCAAGAGAUCACUGAGCUUAAGACACAGAUGUGGCAACUCCUCAAGGGCCAUGACCACUUACAGGAUGAGUUCUCCGUCUUCUUUGACCAUCUACGCCCAGCAGCUAGCCGGAUGGGUGACUUUGAAGAGAUCAAUUGGACUGAGGAGAAAGAGUAUGAGUUUGAUGGCUUUGAAGAGGUGGCACUGCCUGAUGUGGAAGAGGAAGAAGAACCUCCCAAGAUACCCACAGCCUCCAAGAACAAGAGAAGAAAAGAGGUUGGGGUCCAAAACCAUGAUAAGGAGACUGAGUGGACAGAUGGGGCCAAGGACUGUUCCUGUUCCUGCCAUGAAGGAGGCCCUGAUUCUAAGCUUAAGAAGAGCAAGAGGAAAAAUUGUAGCCACUGUAGCAGCAAGGUCUGUGACAGCAAAUCCUACAAGAGCAAGGAGUCCCAUGAGUUGGUGGGCAGCAGCCCUCACCGAGAGGCCAGUCCUAUGCCUGGUGCUAAGGAAGCAGGGCAGGGCAAGGAUGUGGUGGAAGAGGAAGUCCCGGAGGAGCAGGAGAGCACUGAAGCAACCCAGAGCAGGACUGGCAGGACCACCAGGAAGGAAGAGGUGUCCAUUCCAGCAGGAUUGAUAGUGGGGAGCAGUUUGUCAUUCCCUCAAGAAGAAGUGACUGUUACACAACAGCUCCUGGAUGGCCAGCCACCUUGCUCACCAGAGACUCUUCAGUUUCCCCCACAAAGUGGAGCGGUACCAUACCCUGGUAAGAGGAACCAGGCUGGGCCUGAGAUUCUCUCCUGCCCCAGUGCACACCCUGGACUUCAGAAUGAAGGGGAAGGCCAAAAGGUAGUGGGUGACUCAGAGGAUUCCAUGCUGGUUUGGGAUGCACCAGAAACUGAGAAAUUGCCUACGGCUGCUGAGACCCCUGUUUCCUUCCUGAGUCCUGUCUCCUCAAGGACCAGAGAUGCAGAGGGAAGACAUAUGUCUGGGAAACCAGAUACUCAAGAGAGCUGGCAGCCCUCAAGCAGAACUGAGGUGAAAACUGCAAACAGAAUGUCCCCUGUCCAUGAAUCUUCAUCAAGGUUUGACACCUCAGAGACUUCUCCUGAAGCCCCAGGAGUUUUAGCUAAAGACAUUGGGAUACAGGCCAGGGGUCCAGAGUGGGAGCAGCAGCCAAAGGCCACAGAAGCAACAGUAUGUGCGAACAACAGCAAGGUCAGCUCCACUGGGGAGAAGGUUGUCCUAUGGACAAGGGAAGCUGACCGUGUGAUUCUCACCAUGUGUCAGGAGCAAGGAGCACAACCACAGACCUUCAGCAUCAUCUCUCAGCAGCUGGGAAAUAAGACCCCUGCUGAGGUUGCCCACCGUUUCCGAGAACUCAUGCAGCUCUUCCACACGGCCUGUGAAGCCAGCUCUGAGGAUGAGGACGAUGCAACCAGCACCAGCAACGCGGACCAGCUUUCUGAUCACGGGGACUUGCUCUCUGAGGAGGACGCGGAUGAGUGACACUCUGGGAACACGUGGAGUCAUCACACAGGACCAGCCAUCAGGCACCUGUGCCUGCACUCCAGGAGAGGCGGCUUGUACUUUGCUUGCGUCGUCCUUGAGCUCUGCAGACAGAACUGGAGAGCAGGCCGAGGACAGGGACACAUUGAGGCUGGAGGUGGGCCUUGGAGCUCCAUAUCCUGGGCCUCAUUCAGUCUUUUAUGUAGACCCUACUCAUCCACUCUGUAAAUAGCACUGAGGAAAAGUGGGGCUAAGCUACUUUUUUCUUUAUCUAAUGGUACAUAUUUAUUGUUCUGUGAUCUACUCACAGUGUUUCUAAGUGUAAUAAAUGCCUAUGCCGUGUAGCCAGUCCCAAGACACUAAGCUCCUCUGCCCGAAGACACUGGGCUCUUAAAUCAGCAGUUUUUAUUGGCCAACUAGCUCUUGCCCUUCCCCCACCCCGUCCCAGAACUCUAGUCCAUGAGGCUGUCGCCCUCCUGGUAACACUGGGCCAGACUGUGCAGCUCUUGCAGCAACUCCUCUACAUCAUCCUGUUCCACCCCGGCAUCCAAGAAGCUGGCCCAGCGCCGCAGGUCCAGUUUGGUGAGCUCUGUGGCCAGGCCUCCCAGGGCCUGGUGCAAGGAUGAAGAGGAGCACAGAGCCCCAAACACUGGGAUGCUCUGCACUGCUGUAGAGGGAGAGAAAAGUGAGACCAAAUGGAGUAUAUUCUUUCCUGGGACUCUCAUAUUUACAGGGAAGUCUGUGCACAUGAUAGACUUGACUGUAAAGUACCUUCAGUGAAUUUUGUUUGCUGUCCCUUUAGUAUACCAGUACUCCAGAGGAAGGACACUUCUCAGGAGCCAUAGGGCAAUAAAGGAAUGUUUAACUGUGAACAUUUUAAGCACUCUUAAUCCAGGAAGGGAGAGUAAAACUGCUCCCAUGC